AGGUUGAGUGACCUCAAUACUUCAGGCAUUUUGCGUUGAAAGGGACCACCGUAAACAAUAUGUGGUUCGCCUAGCCAUAAGUCUAGUGAUGUUUAAGAUUACAGCCAAGUUUGUAGACGCUACCAAUGGUGGUAUGCGGAUGGCUCAUCGCGCUCUAACAACCUAUACUCGCUAUGCCUACUACUCACUUACUGACAAGAAAGGUAGACCAUCUGGAAAGAGUGGCAUCCGCUCCUCAGAACUUUAUGAACCUCGCUAUGGAUUGGACCAUGCUUGCCCGGAAGAUUUUGUACUGUCACAGUGGAGUGACAAUCCGGUGCCUUAUGCAAUAUACAGGACUAUUGUGGCCUUCUAUUUUUCCAUCAUGGUGUUUUAUACAGCCUUUGGGGGAAAUCUUGGUUGGAAGAUAUUCAUAAUGUUGACUUACUGGUCUUUCUACAUCUUGACCUUUUGUCAGAUCCUCCGUGCAGUAAAUGUGUGGCACUACAUUGCUUUAAAGAAGGAAAAGAAAGAUAUUAAUGCAGAACUGAAGAAUGCACCACGAAUCAAACUGCAAUGGCUUCUACACAUUAUUUCUGCUGGCUCUGCUCAAAUAGUUACCAUUUUAUUUUGGACCAUAGCCUAUGAUGGUUCUGGAUAUACAUUUAUAAAUCUCAAUAGCCAUGGUGUGAAUGCUGUGUUUGUGUUAAUUGACACACUAGUGACCAGGACACCCACCAGACUCCUACAAUGUAUUUACACUAGUGCUUUUGGCUGCAUUUAUAGCCUCUUUACCUUUGUGUAUUUUCUAGCUGGCGGUACAAGUCAUCAUGGAAAUCCCUACAUUUACAAGCCUCUAAACUACGGAGAGAAACCUGGCACUGCAUUAGCCUACAUAGUAGUGAUAGCUUCGUUAGUAGCCCCUCUAUUACACAGCAUGGUGUUUUUCUUGUACAGGUUUCGAGUCUUCAUUCACAGAUUUUUGCGGACCAUGGAUAAGCGCCAAUCAAUGUCAAAUUGAAGCAUAAAUAUUUGUAAAUUUGUUAUUUAUUUUGAACUAUUGUUUCUAUUUUUUUCUUAUCUUUACUGAAAUGUACAUAUAGAAGAAACUUGAUUUUGAUUUCACUUUUUGUAAAAUUAUUUUUGUAUGUUUAAUAUGGUGUACUUUGGUGCUUAUUGGCGAGUGUUGGAAUUAUUCAAUACUUAAAAGUCAGCCUUUUCUACAUAAGUUGUGAAUCUCUUUAUUAUUAACUGCGAUAAAUUAAUACAAGGCAUAGUAGAGUUUUAUCACAGAUUUUGAAAGACAGGUAAGCUCUUGGUAAAAACUACAGGAAACUGAUCCAUUUUUGAAGAAAGGGCAUUGUAGUAUAUUAAAUACACUUGACAACAUUACCAAUUUUAAAUGCUUCUUGUACAUUGGUGCAAUACACAUAUUAUUUUUGACCUUUCAUUUUUCUUCUUUGAAUGUGAGGGCACAAUAACUCAUUUUGUUGAUGUAAUAUUAUUCAUAAAUAUAUUAAUGUCUUAUGUUUGAAUUUUUAGCAUUUAGUCAUUUUGUCUUCUGUUCCAUAAAAUGUGCUUAUUAGAGAAGGUAAUUGAAAAAUCUCUAUUAAAAU